AUGGAUACGUUUCCUCGCCUUUGGGGAUUUGUACUGCUGUUCCUGGCCGGAUCCGGGGUCCUGGGCCAAGCAGCUCCGUCGUGCGGGGGCCGUUUGAAUUCCAAAGAUGCUGGCUACAUCACUUCACCUGGCUACCCGCAGGACUACCCCUCCCACCAGAACUGCGAGUGGAUCAUUUAUGCGCCGGAGCCCAAUCAGAAGAUUAUCCUCAACUUCAAUCCUCACUUUGAAAUCGAGAAACACGACUGCAAGUAUGACUUCAUUGAGAUACGAGAUGGGGACAGUGAUUCAGCUGACCUGCUGGGGAAGCACUGUGGGAACAUCGCUCCUCCCACCAUCACCUCCUCCGGCCCUUCUCUGUAUAUUAAAUUCACCUCCGAUUACGCGCGCCAAGGUGCCGGCUUCUCCCUGCGCUACGAGAUCUACAAGACAGGUUCGGAAGAUUGUUCUAGAAACUUCACCAGCUCAAACGGUACCAUCGAAUCCCCAGGAUUUCCUGAUAAGUAUCCUCAUAAUUUGGACUGCACUUUCACCAUCAUGGCCAAGCCAAAGAUGGAGAUCAUCCUUCAGUUCCUCACCUUUGACCUAGAAAAUGACCCCUUGCAAGUUGGGGAGGGAGACUGCAAGUAUGAUUGGCUGGACAUCUGGGAUGGUAUUCCUCAAGUUGGCCCCUUAAUCGGCAGGUACUGUGGCACCAAAACCCCGUCAGAGAUCCGCUCGACCACCGGCAUCCUGUCGCUCACAUUCCACACUGAUUUGGCUGUGGCUAAAGAUGGCUUUUCAGCUCGCUACUAUUUGGUUCAGCAGGAGGUGCCAGAGAACUUCCAGUGCAACAUUCCCUUGGGGAUGGAAUCUGGCCGGAUUUCCAGCGAACAGAUCACCGCCUCCAGCGCUUACUCUGAUGGCAGGUGGACUCCACAGCAGAGCCGUCUCAACAGCGACGACAACGGGUGGACCCCCAAUAUGGAUAACAACAGGGAAUACUUGCAGGUGGAUCUUCGCUUUCUAACAGUGCUGACAGCCAUCGCUACCCAGGGGGCCAUCUCUCGAGAAACCCAAAAUGGUUACUAUGUCCGGUCGUACAAGCUGGAGGUCAGCACGAAUGGGGAGGACUGGAUGAUGUACCGGCACGGUAAAAACCACAAAGUAUUCCAGGCAAACACCGACGCUUCAGAAGUGGUUCUGAACAAACUCCACGCUCCUGUGUUGACACGGUUCGUACGGAUCCGGCCCCAACUAUGGCACAGCGGAAUUGCCCUCCGAUUGGAACUUUACGGCUGCCGCAUCACAGAUUCACCCUGCUCAAAUAUGUUGGGGAUGCUCUCCGGGCUCAUCCCCGACUCCCAGAUCUCGGCUUCCUCUACCCGAGAAUAUCACUGGGCCCCCAGCACCGCACGCCUUGUCAGCAGCCGCUCGGGAUGGUUCCCACGCAUACCUCAAGCACAGCCCGGGGAGGAGUGGCUGCAAGUAGAUCUGGGAGUCCCAAAGAACGUGAAAGGAGUGAUUAUUCAAGGGGCUCGAGGAGGGGACAGCAUCAGCGUGGGGGAAGCCCGAGCCUUUGUAAGGAAGUUCAAAGUAGCUUACAGCUUGAACGGGAAGGACUGGGAAUUUCUACAAGACCCCAAGACGAUGCAACCUAAGAUGUUUGAAGGAAACAUGCACUACGACACCCCCGAAGUUCGAAGGUUUGAUCCUGUUCCAGCACAGUACAUCAGGGUUCAUCCAGAAAGGUGGUCUCCAGCAGGAAUCGGGAUGCGCUUGGAGGUGCUCGGGUGUGACUGGACAGACGUAAAGUCCACUGCAGAGACACUGAAGCCCACCUUGAAAAGCGAAGAGACCACCACGCAGUUCCCCACUGAUGAAGAAGUCACGGAGUGCGGUGAUGUCUGCAUGGAGAAUGGAGAUUUCCAGCUCCCCGUAGGAUUCAAUUGCAACUUUGAUCUUCCCGGAGACCUUUGUGGUUGGACGCAUGAUGCAUCUACAGGAUUUACGUGGACUUUCCAUUCUAGAAACACCUGGACUAGCCAUGUGGGACCAGGCAUCGGGGCCUACCCGGAUGGCAAGCAUCACCUGAGGCUGCAGAGCAGCGCGAGAAGAGAAGGGCAGCACGCCCGGCUGGUCAGCCCCGUGGUCUUCUCACCCCGGAGCACUUUCUGCAUGGUGUUCCGGUACCAGCUAUCCGGUGGGACUGGGACGACACUCCGGGUGUGGCGGGAGACGAACCACGAGAACAAGCCGCUGUGGAUCGUCCGGGAGGAUCAAGGGGACGAGUGGAGAGAGGGCAGGAUCCUGCUGCGGAGCUACGACAUGGAAUAUCAGAUUGUGUUUGAAGGGAUUAUAGGAGAAGGACAUUCGGGAGAGAUAGCCAUCGACGAUGUCCGAAUAGGCACUGAUAGUUCCCUGGAGAACUGUAUGGAGCCCAUCUCCGCUUUUCCAGGGGAGCACACUUUUGGAAUUUCAGUGGAUUUCCCAAGAUUAGAGGAUGGUGUUUCAAUGCACGGGGAAGAUUUUGGAGAAGACGCUGAUGACGAUUACCUAGGCCUAGACAAGAACGGCUCACUGUUUCCCACCAACUCUCCGCUGACCCCCAAGGUGGACAAGGAGAAGAGCUGGCUGUACACUCUGGAUCCCAUCCUGGUGACCAUCAUCGCCAUGAGCUCCCUGGGUGUGCUCCUGGGGGCCAUCUGCGCCGGCUUGCUGCUGUACUGCACUUGCUCCUACACGGGCCUCUCCUCCCGGAGCUCCACAACUUUGGAGAAUUACAAUUUUGAGCUUUAUGACGGCAUCAAGCACAAGGUCAAAAUGAACCACCAAAAGUGCUGCUCUGAGGCAUGACUGAUUGCACCGGAAUCGCAUUUGACAUUUCAUUCCGGCAUGAGUGGCUGGCGAAGAUUACUUUUUAUAUGGGAACCGAACGCCAUAAUCUUACACGAGCCGGUGCUGGAACGCUGAAGUGGGG